UGAGGCCUGUGGGUGGGUGGAGAAGCUAUAAAAGUGUGAAUGAGCUGAAGACAGAGCUUGGGCUGACAGAGACAGACUAUCUGAGGGAGUGCAGGCGGAACCAGGGUCAGUUUAAAGUGUCUCAGCUGUGGUUCAGGUUCAGACCAGGUGUGUCGUUAUGCCGUGGUUGCUGUCCUCUCAGUUUGAGUGUCUGUCUUCGUCUCCGUCACAGCGUCAGUGUGAGCGGACGUCUUUCUCCUUCUACUGCGCAGUGCGCGAGCGGCUGCCAGUGUGGAUGCUGGAGGACAUGCGCAGCAUGGAGGUCUUCUGCUGGAACGACGGACAUCCGCGAGCCUUCCUGCCGUCUGAAGCACUGCUGUACGCGCUCGUCCACGACCACCAGGACUACGCACGCUACCUGCUUAACAGGUACUCAGUGAGCGCGCUCAGAGCUCUGCGCUGCAACUUCUGUUGCUGUCGUGGCAGCGGCUCGCCUCACCUGGCCGUGGCGGUGCGCUACGACCGCGUGCCGAUCCUCAGCAUGAUGGUGGAGGCUCUAAAGGACUGCGACACACUCAGCGGGCGGCAGGAGUACCUGGACGCAAGUGGCGGCUGCUCACAUGUGGCCGAUGCAGGGAAGACGGCGGUGCAGCUGGCGGUGGAGCUUUCGCGGGCCGACUGUCUGCUGCUGCUGCUGGUUCAUGGUGCGCAGCCUGACAGCUUUGAUAUUGCCCUGCAGCGACUCGUUUCCUCCGAUGCAACAGAGCGACGCCACGCGCAACGCUGCCUCGACUUCCUGCUGCUCUUUCUGCCCAAACUGCCAGCGCUGCACCGGCUGCAUGACGAACCGCAGCGCUGGCAAGGCCUGCUGGGAAAUGAAGUGUUCAGCUGGCUGUGUGGUCUGACCCCGCCCUCCCUCCUGUUGCAAGCCCUCAGGUGUUUGGCCCGGUCCGGCCCGGAUCAGAUUGCCACACUGCCUGACUUCCUGCAGCUGCACAGCUAGCAGUUGUCACAGGGGCAACACAAUCAGGACAAACAGAAAAUCCAGGGCUGAUCACUGAUCAGCGAUCAAUACCGCUGACUCAGCCAUCACGUGAACAGUCUGUUAGCUAAAAUCCUCUUGUUUUAUCUACAGAAGGUCAACAAAGUUAAAGUUUUGUUGUUGUGACAGGCUUUGGGACCCUGAGGAGACAACAGCAAACCUUGAGAUAUGCGGUUUCUAAAGUGAACCUUUGAUUAGUUUGUGUGCAGCUUUAAUUUGUUUCCUGUCAGUUAAUUGAUGAAGGUUCACAGACUGAGUCGGAGCUCCUGUCUGUUGUUUGUCUGUUGAAGUGUUUGUGGAAACGUGAUGACAAGAUCCAUGAGUGCACCAGAGGGUUCAGUUUCAACCGCCCAGGAGCCUUCUUGGUCUGUGCUGCUCAGUCUGUGGACAGACAUGAACCCAAAUACAGACACAAAUACAGACGCUCUGACAGCUGAAGCAUGUUGACAGUUUGAUUAUUUCCUCCUGUUUGAUAAAUUUUAUCACCCCACUGUCAUACACUGAAACAUCCUCAUAUCGAUCAUAUUGAUCACACUGGAGGACCAGAGCAGCUUGCAUUGUGGACUUACUGGUCCCAGUCCUCUUUCUUGGCAUGUGAAAAUGUGUCAAACACACACGCUGUAUGUGUGACUGUUCUGAUGUCAGUGAAGAGUUCAGUUCAUCUCUGUGGAGACAGAACAGAACUGACCCGAGUUCUGCUUUCCGCUGUCCAGUCUGAUGUUCAAUUACAAUGUACUUUUAUUAACUCUGAAUAAAACUACUGAGUGAAAAACAAGGUUUAAGUACUUUCUUCAGCCCAGUACUGUCAGCAGAUAUUCUCGCCAGGCUGCACUGGGCAUGUGGAUAUACAUGAAUGUAUUUAUAACUGGAUUGAUGGAUGUUAAAACUUUCAUUUCAGUUCAAAAGGCACAAAAAUUUCAGUACACAGUAUUAACACUGGAACCAGAAAACAUUGAUUAAAUGUACAGUAUAUCCUGUGUGUGUGUUUUUCCAGGUCUUUAGGCUCUGUGACGAAGUUGAAUGUGUUAAACUUUCAGUUUGUGUGUUUGACUGAAUGUUUUCUUUUGGUUGCCAGGACGUUGUCAGUCCUGACAGCUGGUCUGUUCUUGGUUCAGGUUUCUCAUAGCUGAGUUCAUCCUCUCUAUGGAGGAUCAGGUAACAUCCUAAUCUACUUUGGUUCUUAGUUCUUCUCAGGCAGUUUCUUUGAGUUGGGAGAUAAGUGAGGUCCUGGUCUGCUCUGAGUGGUCUGGCUGUGAUCCUGCUUUACGGUGAUUAAAACACUUGAGUGUUCUGAUCAUCGGUGCGUGUCUGCCUGCUUGUGCUCUCCAGGUGUUUUUCUGUUUCAAAAGUACCUGCAAGGUUCUGCAUGUUCACAUCCCAAUGUUUUAUUGCUCCCAUGACUUCAGACUAAAUCAAAUAUCUGAAGCCACAUUUUAGUUGGAAUUUGGAGAUAAUAAAAUUAGAAAAAGAGACGUCA